ACCACUAUGGCCAAUCUUCCCUCUGAUGAACCCCAGAUCAUCCUCAACUCGGACACCACUCGCCCAAUGUCAAUAGACUUGAGUCUCGAGCUCGAGCGACAGCUCGAGGCCGAGUCCCUUCCCAACUCGCCAAAUCCGCCGCGGCCACAGUCACUCGAUACCAACGUCCUUGCCAACAUUGUUACCCAACUUCGUCUGUCCUUGGCUGAGAUCACGAAGGAACGCGAUACCCUUGCUGAGAAGGUGACUGAGGCGCAAACAAGAGAAGAAGGCAUGCGGGAGACCCUGGAGCACGUCACAGACAAGUGUAUCCGAAUGGAGAACGAACUCGAGGUCGUCGCAGACCAGUUGAGGGAGAGCAAAGAGACAAUUGUGAUGCUGAGGGGUAAGGUCGAGGAGAGCAGACGCGCUUUGAUGCGCCUUCAGACCGAGAAGCGGAUGAGCGUGGCUUCUAAUCUGACCCUCGACUUAUCAAGGCCACCUCCCACGCAGACCUCCCUCAGUGGCCCCCCUUCGUCUAAACGUGCGUCCUUCGCGCCGUUGACCGGAUCUCCUGCUGGGCGCGGGGGCUACAAUCACCGCCGCAUCUCCUCAGUCUCCGACUCAGCAUUCCUGCUGACCGGCCCACCCAACGGAGAACCCUCGACGUGGCCCCCACCGUCACCUAUGUCUCAAUACAUACCGGAGGUUCCGGAGUCCAACCCCACUGACCGCCCUGGCAACAACCGGCGCAUGUCACUGCUCUUUGGGCGGGGCGCUGCAACGCCACCCGAACCUCCGUCGACCGACACCGACGUCGUGGAGCUCCGUACACAGCUUCGAACCAUGCAGCGGCAGCUGGAUGACACGAAACGCGACCUCAUCGAGUCUCAAGAGGCUCGCGAAGCCUCCGAGCAAUGCGUCCGCGCCUUGCGUACCUUCAUAUCGGAGAACAACGUCGGCGUGGCGUCUGCCUUGAGGACGGGUAGCCCUGCCGCAGCUCCUACGACUCCCUCACAUUCGAAGCAGGGAAGCACAGCUUCGAGGUGGGGUUUCAGGUUGUGGACUACCUCGGAUGCGGAUUCUCCCAAAUCCGCCACGCCUGCUCUCACUCCCAUCUCCAUGCAAGCUCCUGAGCCGGGAUCGGCAGUCUCGAGCCACAGUCAGGCUAUCCCUCGGAAGUUCGGCGGGCUCUUCAACGCGAAGACAAGCAUUCCUUCGAACGCUUCGCCUCGGCCUUCCUAUGACCCUCUCCACCAGGAGCCCAUGUUUAACGGCUCAGAUACCUCCUCGAUGGCCGAUUCCACGGGGCCGGUAAGUCCCGUAUCGGAAGUGCCGAGAACCAGUGUGGGAAAGCUUGAUGGGAAGCCAAUAACAUCUGGAGGCGAUGAAGUGGAAAUAACAUCAUUGGACCAUGGUCAGGACAUUCCUGUAGCGUCGACAGCUUAGUUUGUUUUUGCCAUCUCUUAUGGAUUUGUGAUAUACAGCAGGUGUUGUCUGAUCCCUACGAGGGAUAGAUAUCUGGUACAGCUGGUUUCAGCGCGCUUGUCGUGAGAGCGCCGCGUCGCGUCUCGUGUAUUUGCCCGUUUUCCCCCUCCUAAGCGCCCCCCAUAGGAUCUUUGGACGGCAAUAUCUCAUUGACUGCGCAAUGUAUGGACACCUCAUUCUUGCAUAUUCUGGCUCAGGAAUAUGGCGCGCAGGGCAG